AUGGCAUUGCCACGCAAGAUUCUGAUCGUUGGAGGGGGUGUCUUCGGACUAUCCACCGCUCUCUCUCUAUCAAAGCGACACCCAGAAUGUGAAGUCACCAUAGUUGAGUCGUCCCCGACAAUCCCCAACCCGCACGGCUCAUCCGUCGACACAUCCCGGAUCGUGCGCGCCGACUACGCCAACACCGCAUACUCCAAGCUCGCCGCAGCAGCCAUUGAGCGCUGGCGCAACACAGCCUGGGGCCAGGAAGGUCGCUACACCCAGAAUGGACUGCUACUCGUAUAUCCCGCCGACAGCGUCAGCGCAAAAGAGUACGCCCGCAAGAGCUACGCCAAUGUCCGCCAAAUCGAAGGCGAUAAGGUCGAGUUCCUGCCGACGCAGAAGGACGUCUUGAAGGUCGUGCCGGCAUACGGCUCGGAGCUCGAUGUCGCGGGCGGAUACGUGAACUGGGGUUCUGGGUGGUCUGAUGCAGCGGCUAGUGUGGCGUAUGCGAAGGCCCUCCUCGACGCAGAGGGCAAGGUUGUUUUCCGGACUGGGGACGUAGAGCGUGUGCUUUACUCGAGUGUGGGUGGGAAGUCGAAGGCUCGGGGCGUUGCGCUGGCGGAUGGGUCGACGGUUGAGGCUGAUCUCGUUGUGUUGGCUACUGGUGCGUGGUCGUCGAAAUUGGUCGAUUUGCGCGGCCGGGCUGUUGCGACGGGUCAGGCGAUUGGGUACAUGCGGAUUUCGGACGAGGAGCAGCGGGAGCUUGAGAAUCUGCCUACGAUUUUGAACUUCGCGACGGGCAUUUUCAUUAUCCCGCCGCGCCAUAACUUGCUUAAGAUUGCGCGGCAUGCGUUCGGGUACCGCAACCCGACUGCUGUGCCGGUGCCUGGGGAGAGUGGUCGCACGAUGGAUGUCAGUUUGCCAGAGAAGGGAGCGCCGGUCCCAUUGGAGGGACUGGAUUCUUUCCGAGUUGCGCUGAAGCAGCUUUUGCCACGAUUUGCGGAUCGUGAGUUCGUCGACACGAGAGUGUGUUGGUAUACUGAUACACCCAAGGGUGACUUCAUUGUCACUUACCACCCCGAGCACGAGGGUCUCUUCCUCGCGACCGGUGGUAGUGGACAUGCAUACAAGUUCUUCCCUGUCCUUGGAGACAAGGUGGUCGACGCAAUGGAAGGCAAACUGGACCCUGAGCUGAGUGAGAUGUGGACCUGGAGCGGCACCGCUGCAUCGGACGGAGAGGACUUUGACGGUGAUGGCAGUCGAUCCGGGGAGCGCAGGGCCAACCUGAAGGAUGAGUUGGCGAAGACGAAGAAGGCUUCGCGAGGCAGUGUGCUGUAA